CGUACUUUUCAAAUUUUCUUCAUAACAUCCGUCAUGAGUGCCCGGCAGGAAAAUGUUGCCAGCGCAGAAGGUGACAAAUAUGUCAGUGCCGAAACCUCCCACGACGGGCCGGAACCCAUGCCCCAGCCCGAGGUCGCUUCCGAUGAGGAGAUCGUCUCUGAUGAAGAGACUUCUCUUAACGAGUACCAUGGUUUUGGGUCUCACGCCCGGGGCGAGAUUCGCCGCUUGGCCAGAACCUACUCCCGCACAGAUAGUGCUGACACCACUUCGUCAGGUAAUUUAUUGAAAUACCUCACGCACAUGUCGAAAGUCCCCGGAGUGUCGCCAUACGAUGACGUCGAGGAGGCCUUGGACCCCAACAGUGAGAACUUCGACUCGAAGUUCUGGGUCAAAAACAUGAGAAAGUUGCUUGACUCCGAUCCCGAAUACUACAAGCCCUCCAAAUUGGGCAUUGCGUACAGGGAUUUGAGAGCCUACGGUGUUGCUGCCGGGUCUGAUUACCAGCCUACAGUGACAAAUGCUCUUUACAAAUUGGCUGUUGACCAGCUCUCUUUCCUCAACAAAAGCAGCGAUCGUUACUUCGAUAUCUUGAAGACGAUGGACGGGUACUUCCAACCUGGUGAGCUCACGGUCGUGUUGGGCCGUCCCGGCUCCGGCUGCUCGACCUUGUUGAAAACGAUUGCUUCUCACACCUACGGGUUCAAUAUCGGCAAGGAGUCUCGAAUCACCUACGACGGUCUUUCGCCAUCGGACAUCGAAACCCACUACCGAGGUGACGUUAUCUACUCUGCAGAGUCCGAUGUGCACUUCCCUCAAUUGUCUGUCGGCGACACUCUCGAGUUUGCUGCCAAAAUGAGAACCCCCAAAAACAGAGGCCCUGUUUCGAGAGAAGAAUAUGCAAAACACAUGGCUUCCGUGUAUAUGGCCACCUACGGCUUGUCCCACACUCGUAACACUAACGUUGGUAACGACUUUGUUCGCGGUGUUUCCGGUGGUGAGAGGAAGCGUGUUUCUAUCGCAGAAGCCUCCUUAUGUGGUGCAAAUGUCCAGUGCUGGGACAAUGCAACCAGAGGCUUGGACGCCGCCACUGCCCUCGAGUUUAUUCGUGCUUUGAAGACAUCUGCCGCAAUCUUGGAUGCCACUCCCUUGAUUGCUAUUUAUCAAUGUUCUCAAGAUGCCUACGACUUGUUCGACAAAACAAUCGUUCUUUACGAAGGUUACCAGAUUUACUUCGGUAAAGCUAGUAAGGCCAAGGAAUUCUUCGUGAACAUGGGGUUCGAGUGUCCUCAGCGUCAAACUACUGCUGACUACUUGACUUCUUUGACAAACCCUGAGGAGAGAAUUGUCCGCCCAGGCUUCGAGAACAAGGUCCCAAGAUCGGCUCAAGAAUUCUCGGAAUACUGGCGUAACUCUCCUGAGUACGCGGCUUUGACUACAAAAAUCGACAAGCACUUUAAAGAUGUCGAAUCUGGAGAUGUUCGUCAGGAAUACCACAAUUCGCAUGUGGCAAAACAAGCCGACCAUACUCAAAGCAAAUCUCCAUACACUGUCUCCUUUGGUAUGCAAGUUAGGUAUAUCAUUGGCAGAAACGUUUUAAGAAUCAAAGGUGAUCCUUCCAUCACUAUUUUUUCCAUUUUCGGCCAAGGUGUUAUGGGAUUGGUUUUGUCUUCGGUAUUUUAUAACCUUUCGUCAACGACUGGUGACUUCUACUAUAGAGGUGCUGCCAUGUUUUUUUCUGUGUUAUUCAACGCCUUCGCAUCCUUGUUGGAAAUCAUGUCUUUGUUCGAAAGUCGUCCUAUUGUUGAGAAACACAAAAAGUACGCCUUGUACAGACCAUCUGCGGAUGCGUUGGCGUCCAUUGUGUCUGAAUUGCCCACAAAGCUCGCGAUGUCGACUAUUUUCAACUUCACUUUCUACUUCAUGGUUAAUUUCAGAAGAGAGCCUGGUAGAUUUUUCUUUUACUGGAUGUUUUGUGGUCUCUGUACCUUGACAAUGUCCCACAUGUUCAGAUCCUUGGGUGCUGUCUCGACUUCUUUGGCUGGUGCUAUGACUCCGGCCACCGUUAUCUUGUUGGCAAUGGUGAUUUUCACCGGUUUCGUGAUUCCUACGCCAAGUAUGUUGGGAUGGUCGAGAUGGAUCCAAUACAUCAACCCGGUAUCUUACGUUUUCGAAUCUUUGAUGGUGAACGAAUUUGCAAACCGUGAAUUCACAUGCAGUCAAUUUAUCCCGUCUGGACCAGGCUACGACACCACCACGUCAAUAAACAAUGUCUGCAGUGCAACUGGCUCCGUAGCUGGUGACAGCACAGUACAAGGAAGUGAAUACUUAGCUGUGGCUUUCGAAUACUACAAUUCGCACAAGUGGAGAAACAUGGGCAUUGUCAUUGCUUACAUCGUUGUCUUCUUGUUUGUUUACAUUGGAUUGACCGAAUGGAAUAAAGGCGCCAUGCAAAAAGGUGAGCUUGUCUUGUACUUGAAGGGAUCGUUAAAGAAAGUCAAGAAGGAGGCAAAGGCUAGAGAGGCCUCUGCUAACGAUAUUGAGAACAAUAUUCCCAAUGAAAAGCUUGAAUUGAGUGAGACGCUUGACCAGUAUAACAAAGAGACCGAUUCUUCCCCAAGCGAAAAGAUGACUAACCAAAAGAAAAUCUUCCAUUGGAAGAACUUGACUUACAGCGUGAAAAUAAAGUCAGAAGAAAGAGUUAUCUUGAAUCAAAUCGAUGGUUGGGUGAAGCCUGGCCAAGUCACGGCAUUGAUGGGAGCUUCUGGUGCUGGUAAAACAACUUUGUUGAACUGCUUGUCUGAGCGUCUUACGACUGGUGUUGUUACCGAUGGUAUCAGAAUGGUUGAUGGAAAACCUUUGGAUGGAUCAUUCCAAAGAACUAUCGGAUAUGUCCAGCAACAGGAUAUUCAUCUACCAACAUCUACUGUUCGUGAAGCAUUAACAUUCUCUGCUCACUUAAGACAGCCCAAGGAAGUCUCCAUCAAAGAGAAAGACGCAUAUGUUGAUCACGUCAUCGAUCUUUUGGACAUGAACAUCUACGCGGAUGCCUUGAUCGGUGUUGCAGGUGAAGGUUUGAAUGUCGAGCAACGUAAAAGAUUGACUAUUGCCGUUGAGUUGGUUGCAAAACCCAAAUUGCUUCUAUUCUUGGAUGAGCCAACUUCUGGUUUGGACUCUCAGACAGCUUGGUCUAUUUGUAAGUUGAUGAGAAAAUUGGCUGACCACGGUCAAGCCAUUUUGUGCACAAUCCACCAGCCUUCUGCUAUGUUGAUGCAAGAGUUUGAUCGUUUGUUAUUUUUGCAAAAAGGUGGUAGAACUGCAUACUUUGGAGACUUAGGCAAAAAUUCUCAAACUUUGAUUGACUACUUUGAAGGAAACGGCGCUCAUCCUUGUCCUAAGGAUGCCAACCCUGCUGAAUGGAUGUUAGAAGUUGUUGGUGCUGCUCCUGGUUCUCGCGCUGCUCAAGAUUAUUUUGAAGUAUGGAGAAAUUCAGAUGAGUACGCUGCUGUUCACAAAGAAUUGGAGUACAUGGAGACUGAACUUCUGAAAUUACCAGCUGAGUCCUCUGCAGGUGACGAGGCGUCGUACGCUGCUCCUUUUUGGAGUCAGUAUUAUUUUGUCACGAAAAGAGCUCUUCAGCAAUACUGGAGACUGCCUGGUUACAUUUAUUCAAAGAUCUUUUUGGUGGGGUCUUCUGCGUUGUUUAACGGAUUCUCCUUCUUUAAAGCAGGUACGUCCAUUCAAGGGUUGCAAAAUCAAAUGUUCUCAAUUUUUAUGUUCUUCAUUCCAUUGAACACCUUGAUUCAGCAAAUGUUGCCAUAUUACGUGAAACAAAGAGAGGUCUAUGAAGUAAGAGAAGCCCCAUCUAAAACUUUCAGCUGGGCGGCCUUCAUCACUGCGCAAAUCACUGCUGAGGUCCCAUUUCAAGUUGCGAUCGGGAUAAUUGCAUUUUUCUGUUGGUAUUACCCAGUCGGUUUAUACGAGAAUGCUGUUCCAACUGACUCUGUUAAUGAGCGUGGAGGUUUAAUGUUCCUACUCAUUACCUCUUUCUUUGUUUACGCUUCAACAUUGGGUCAACUCGUUGGAUCUUUCAGUGAAUCUGCGGAAAAUGCAGCUAACUUUGCAAACCUUUUGUUUAUCAUGUGUUUGAACUUCUGUGGUGUCUUGGCAGGUCCAGAUGUAUUACCUGGCUUCUGGAUCUUCAUGUACAGAUGUAACCCAUUCACGUAUUUGGUGCAAGGCAUGUUGAGUACUGGAUUGGCUCAUAAUGUUGUGGAAUGUGGUUCGAGAGAAUUUGUUUCUUUCGAUCCGUUCCUGGGUCAAACUUGUGGUGAAUACAUGGCGGAUUACAUCGAGCUUGCCGGUGGAUACGUCUCGAAUCCAAAUGCAACUUCUAAUUGUGAGUUUUGUCAACUCUCUUCGACAGAUACCUUUUUGGCAAGUGUCAACGCUGUGUAUUCUGAAAGGUGGAGAAAUUGGGGUAUCUUUAUUGCUUUCAUUGCAAUUAAUAUGAUAUUCACUAUUUUCUUCUACUGGCUAGCUAGAGUUCCAAAGGGAUCCAGAGAGAAGAAGAAGUAAAUGCUUUCAUGGAAACGAUUGUUUGAGGUUUGCUGUUAUAGAUUGUUAAAUAUUAGAGUUUAAAAAACAAAGUUAUUAACGACGAGAACCAGAAU